CGAGUUCACAUCAGCGAUAUUUUGCGCUCAUGUUGCGAGAUUAUUCUGAAGCUAAAAUCAGUCAACUUGGAGAAGAGAUGUUCGAGGACGAUCCAAAGAAUAUCUCUAAAGUUGCUGGCAAGAGAACCGCCUUACUGAUGAUGCGAAUCCCCGACGUGCAUUCGCCGACUGCGGUCCCUAAGAGCGACCCAGCAGAGUCAUCAGUUGACGGCCCAGCACCUAGUGUUGGUCACGGUGGAGGCCACCGUACGGCCCCGAGCCCAUCGGCUUGGAAUCAACCCAGCCAUGGCCCGGUGAGCAGGUCUGGAGUUACCACUGGUCCUUCCAGUUGGUUUGGCACCUUGGGUCGGAUGUUCCGACGCAGCCGAGUUGCCCCCCUCCAGACCAGACCCCCAGACCCCCUUGUACCCACGCCAGCGGCAUCCCCGCCCCAGGGAACGGCAACAGCCGUCGGGGAACCAUCAACAUCCAACAGCCGUUGUGGAGAUGUUCGUGGGACAAAGACGAGAUGGUCCGUGUGUCCGUGGACCUCUCGAUCCGAAAACAUAGCAACGACUGUAAAGUCGAGCAAAUCAUCAACGAAGAAGUGGUACCGGGGACUAAGAUCGAACCGGGUUGCCCCCGUUGGUGACCAUUCUGGCACGCCUUCACGAGGAUUAGGCAUGCACAGGACCACAGGAGUGGGUGACUUGGCUGCGUUUGAUGAAACUUUGGACAACACGCUGCCUGAAAAGAAUUCGUCACAAAGCAAGCCGCAUAGUAAAACGUCACCAAAGCUGAACGACGAGGAUAUACUUACUGGGAUACCAACAAUUGACGAAAAGAACUUACGCCCGGCCUGUAAGGAACCAGGACGCCCGACGAUUCUCGGCCGAGGACAGAGCGGGGUGGUCCGCCUGAUGCGACUCCGAAGACCGGAAAGAGGGUCGAAACUCGUCGCAGUCAAGCGGCUCAUGUUGGGGACUUGUUCCGGUCCCCAUCCUGCCAUGAUUAAAGAGAUCAGAGCCCUACAGGCCGUGGAAAAUUGCUCCAUCUUCCCGAAGCUCGUGGGGGUCAUCACCAAGCAGACCUUUGCCCAGGAGUUUGUCGGCAACCCUAAGUCCAUGGUCACGCUAAGUAUUUUCAAAGCGCUCCGAGGGAAACCCCCGAUCUCCGUCGAGCACUGGGUCCUGAUCAUCCAUGACGUCAUCACGGGGAUAUCUGCUCUCCACCAAUCAGGCUGGGCGCAUUGCGACAUUCAGUCCAACAACGUGCUGCUGUGGAAAGACAGGAGCCAAUCAGAUCCAACGGAGGCCAGGUGGCAGGGACGAAUCAUCGACCUGGGAAAUGCCAAGAGGUUGACCGGCCCCGACAGGUACUGCCUGGAUCUGACUCUCUCGGAGAAGGCGGCGUACUAUCGCGACUGCAGACACAUCCCAGCUGAGAUUGUGGAGGGUCUGGAACCUUACGGCGUCAGGUCGGAUAUCUACAGCUUGGGAGUCCUGAUGCAAGACAUCGCCCGCCAGAUACCAGGCAUGUUUGAACUCAUCCCGCUGGCCGACACGUGCACGGUGGCUAACCCGGAUGAGAGACCGACGCUGAGGACGCUCUUGAAAGAAUUGAACGUCUGGUGCCAAGACCACACUGGAUUCAGGUUCUCCCCGGUGGAGAAGAAGUGGAACGUAGCUUAUGUGUGAUUCUAGUCUGAUGGCCGGUAUGGUGUGAAUUUUGGACCUGUCUAACAUUGGGAUUUUUGACCUUUUCAUCAAAAAAAUUCAGUUACGAAGGGUAGAUGCAGACAUGUAUUUGUUGCUUAUACAAUGUAAUUUUAACCAUUUUAUUCACUUGAAUUGUGUUACCAAUUCUGACCUAAACCGUCCCUUAUCAUUCUAACCUUUUAUCAUAUUGAUCAUUAUGAGACUGAGAACGCCCAAAAUGAUCGAAAGUCCACACACCAUGGAGUUCAAUGUUCACACCACACCGGCCAAGUUAAGCCUGUACCUUCUGUCUAGAUCAUAGAUCUAUAUCAAAUAAUGUGAUAUAGCACUGUGGUCAAGAUAAAUAUUGAUGUUUAUACACGUAAUUGAUGGUGGAAUAUUUUCGUCAUCCAAAGAAAAAAUGGCUCCUUUCCCAACUUUUCAACUCGAUAUUUUGAUCCAACGUAACGUCCUUUCUCUCUAUAAUUUAUUUCAGUCCACCAGUCUACAUUUUUUUAGCAGCAAUCCUAGUAAAUUUGUUUAGCCGUUUAUGAUAGCUUGAAAGGUUGGCAGGGGCAUCAAGCUUUCGAAAAUCCUGUAUUUGGUUACCAUGUCAACCCCAUGGCCCAUCUUUGGGUACAUUUUAAUCUGAACUUCACGAACCAUGAUAAAAAAAGUCGUGUGACCAUGGCUUUUUAAAGCACAAGGUGCACAAUUACGUUUACUACACGCCAACGUAUCUGGCACGAAACGAUAGCAUGAUUAUUAACUAUUUUCUCUGUAGCAAACCACGCAAGCUCUUAAGUUUUAUAUUUUCUCUAUACAUUUAUACAUGUAUUUGUAUCAAAAUAUCAGCCAAUUUAGGUUUGGCCUUUUUUGAAACCGAAUUUUUUUUAUCAAUCACUUGCAGCCUGAAUUUUAAUCGAUGCUCAUCUUUUACUUUUUGAUGUCACGCAUUGUGGAUAAUAAUGGCUUGUGUACAGUGCUACAAUUUAUAUGUUUUUAAUCCAGCUUUUUAUAGUUACUUGAAAAAAACAUGUGGUUAUCGUGGGAUGGACUCUUUCUACAAUGGAUUUUUCCGUUAGAAAAUGAUUUGACUUUCUGAAGAAAACAAAUCGUCUUAUCGUUUUUGAUCUAAUCUUCAAAAACCUAAAAACCUUGAAAAGAUCCUUUUUUAAAUAAUAUUCAAAACUGCCAUAAUGACUGUGCAAUGAAUUAUUUCAAUUAUUUUGUGUACGAUUUUUUUAUGAAAACGUCGGCUUCGUUUAUGGUUAAUCGCAGCAAUUUCUUACCAAAGCUUUUUAUUUCCUAUAGUAAGAGGAAGACUCCAAGCUUUGGCCAAUUAACAUUCGAUGCUCUCGUAGCUACGAUUGUGACGUGACCGAAGUCUGUUUUAGUCUGACUCUUAUUAAUCACGGAGCUUGAGAAAUGAAGCCAAACCACAGACGAAGCCGACGUUUGAGAAAAGUCCUUUGCCGUAUAAACGGACCUUUCUUUUGGACAGUCGUAUUUUUUUGCCGACCAGUACAUGUAUAUAAGCUAUGGCGUUGGCCUUCAAAAAUAACAUUAAUUCACCAAAGUCUUUGAAGCCAUGACUCACUUUUCUAAACACUGAAUAAUCGAAUGAAAGUACCAAAAACUAUGUCUGAAAUUUCCUAAGUAAGUGAAAUCUUUCACAUGGGAUGACGUAAUUAAAUUUUACGAAAAUGUCAAAAACCUCUUUCAAUAUGCAAAAAAAAAUCAAAUGGUUCUUUAUAAAACAAAAAUGAGAUGAAGGUAAAGCUUUUUAUUUCAUAUGAAAAAUUGUUGCUUGAACUAUUUUGACUUUUUAUGAAUAUUCCCACCCUGUUUGGCGGGGAAUUGGUAUUGACAAUAUACACCCGUUUAAUUUGUGAGGAAAGUAACCAUCUUUCUUGCUUUCUUGUACUCUUGAAUUUAGAUUUACAUCCAAAAAUAUACAAACCUGUAUUGACAAAUAUGCAUUCGUUUAAUUCUUAUGGGAAAAUAAUCAAUGUAUGUUUGAUUAUUUGUUUUUCUCCUUCAGUUUACUUUUAAUUCCAACAAAAACUUCAUAUAAAACAUUUCAACCUGCAGAAUUGAAAUGGAGGUGUUUCUACAACUUGUACAAUUGCAGUACAAAGGGUUAUCUGCAAUUCCCCUUGCCAGUGUGCAAUAAAUGUACAUAGAUCUUUAAGAUUUUGAACCAACGCUGAUUUUAAUUAUGCAUUUGUACAAAACUCUCAGGUGUAAACAUUUUUUAACAAAAAAAAUACAACCGAGAAGUUGUUUUCAGUGUCGACAAUGGAUUAUUCCCGACAGUUAUUUUUUAUGCAGUGACAAAACAAAUAGACAAAAAAAAAGUUAAUUUAAAAACGAAACAAAGGUGUUAAUGGACCGAUACACGAUGCCUAGACGACCUCGUCCUCACCUUUCAUUUCAAUGUUUCUAUGUUUUAAUAAUUAUGUUCCUUAUAGCAAUAAAAAUGAAUAAAAAACAAUACAAAGAAUUCAUAAAUUAUUUU